UGUUUACAAAAUGUUAAGCCUUUAACUGACUGGACAUGUCACCUUCAGAAAUUGCACAAAAAGUCAAAACACACUUGUGUCCGUACGGAUUUGAAGCACAUGAGUUUAAGAUUGGUUGGUAUAAUGAACAAGUUGGGGACAAUUUCAAGCUUCCUUAUGAAGAUGAUACAAUGGCAAUCUUGAUAAUUAGUACACCAGACAUGUUUGACAAGAGUCUUCUCCCUUACAUCCUGAGAACAGAAUGUCCCAGUACUGGAGAUAUGCUCGACCACUGUGUUGCAGAACAUUUCAAUAAUAUUAAAAAGGAAUUCUGUGAUUGCGACAUAGAAGCCAUGCAUGACUUUGAAUUGUUACCAAGUCGACGACCUAAAAUCCUCGUUCAGACAGCAGGUCAUGUGUCUGGGGCAGCAUACUACUACCAGAGAAAAGAUGUACAGCCAGACCCAUGGGAUGAAAAAACAAAAAUAUUUGGUGUGAGCAUUCAUCCAAAAUAUGGAGGCUGGUUUGCACUUAGAGGAGUUCUCAUCUUCAAAAAUAUCAAAUAUCCUGGUUUGCUUCGGAGAAGUCCGGUAGAUAUCGUACGGACAUAUGAACGUAAGAAAGAACUGCUGGAGAGGUUUAACUUCCAUUGGCAGGAUUGGACAUUUAGGGACAUUAUUCCAGUGGAACAAAAAUAUUCAGAUGACCAGAAGCAAUAUUUUGAAACUUUGCCUAAAGAUAGACUAGCUUUAAUACAAGAAAUGAAAUGUCGUAGAAAGUGCACAGAUUUAGAAUGAAAAUGUGUUACAUGUGUAGGACUCUGUUUUUGUCAAGCCCACUUGAAGAAGCAAAGACAUAGUUUUACAAAUGGCUGUUCAGCGUGCGUGCAUGCGUCCGGAUUUGUUUGUCUGGACCAUAACUUUGACAUGCAUGGAGCAGUCUUGUUUCCCUCAUCUUUUUCAAUAAAAAAGGGGAACAUAGAAACAGGCUCCGUCCUUCUGUCAGUCCUUCCAUCCAUCACACUUUGUGUCCGGGCCAUAACUCUGCCAUCCCAUAGGGAUUUUAAAAUACCUUGGCAUAAUGUUCACCAUAAUGAUGAGACGACAUGACCUACCCAAAACCCAGACCCCUAGCUUCAAGGUCAAGGUCACUAUUAGAGGUCAAAGGUUAACAGGGUCUGUUUCGUGUCUGGUCCAUAAUUCUGCCAUCCAUGAAGGGAUUUUGAAAUAACUUUGCAUAAAUGUUUACCAUAUUGAGACAAUGUGUCAUGUGCAAGACCCAGACCCCUAGCUCCAAGGUCAAGGUCACACUUAGAAGUCAAAGGUUAACAGGGAUUACUUGGUACAAAUGUUCCCCAUAAUGAGAGGAUGUGUCAUGCGCAAGAUCCAGGCCCAUAGCUCUAAGGUCAAGGUCACAGAGGUCAAAGGUCAGAUACAAGAAUGACUUUUCCGGAGCAUUUGUUCUUCAUGCAUGGAGGGAUUUUGAUGCAGCUUUGCACCAUACUGAGACGGAGUGUCAUGUGCAAGAACCAGGUCCCUAAUUUAGAAUUACUUCCCUUUGUUGUUACUAUAAAUAGCUUAUAUUGUAACUUUUUGUAAAGCCCUCUUGCGGCAGGGAAGACAUAGUUUCCAAAUGGCUGUUCGGUGUAUGUGCAUGCAUUGUGCGUCCAUCCAUCCGGAUUUGUUUGUCUGUUUGUUUGACAUGCAUGGAGCAAUCUUGUUUAUAUUUGGCAUGAAUGUUAACCUCAGUGCUACAGGGUGUCGUGCGCAAACCUUAGGUUCCUAUCUCAAAGGUCAAGGUCAAAGUUAGAGGUCAAAGAUCAUGUCAGAUCUUGUCCGGCCCAUGACUUUGACAUACAUUUAGGAAUCUUGUUUAUAUUUGGUACGAAUGUUUCCUGUCUCAAAAGGUUGAGGUCACAGUUAGGGGUCAAAAGUCAUUUUAGAGCUUGCCUGUCCCAUAACUUUGACAUGCAUUGAGGAAUCUUGUUGUCCCCCACCUUUUUCAAAGAAAAAUAAGAGGGAUAUAGAAAAAGGCUGCGUCCUUCUGUCUCUCCGUCCUUGUGUCCAUCACACUUCGUGUCCGGUACAUAACUCUGCCAUCCAUAAAGGGAUUUUGAAAUUACUUGGCACGAAUGUUCUCCAUAAUGAGACGACAUGUCUCGUACAAGACCCAAACCCCUAGCUCCAAGGUCAAGGUCACACUUAGAGGACAAAUGGUAAUAGGAUCUGUUUCGUGUCUGGUCCAUAACUCUGCCAUUUAUCAUGGGAUUUAGAAAUUUUUUACUUUGCACAAAUGUUCCUCAUAAUGAGAAGAUGUGUCAUGCACAAGACCCAGACCCCUAGCUAUAAAGUCAAGGUCACACUUAGAGGUUAAAGGUUAACAUGGUUUGUUUCUUGUAUGGCCAAUAACUCUGCCAUUCAUCAAGAGAUUUUAAAAUUAUUUGGCACUAAUGUUCCCUAUAAUAAGUUGAUUUGUCAUGUGCAAGAACCAGGCCCCUAAUUCUAAGGUCAAGGUCACACUUAGAGGUCAAAGGUCAAAUUCAAGAAUGACUUUGUCUGAAACAUUUCUCCUUAAUGCAUGGAGGGAUUUUGAUGCAACUUGGCACAAAUGUUCACCACCAUGAGGUACUCUUUUUGUUUUUAGAAUUACAGUCAAACUUGUGCUAGCAACCACCCGUGAAUAGCGACCACCUGUCGACAACGACCGGUCUCUGGUCCCCCUGUAGAAAAAUGCUCAUGAAAAGGCCGUGAAUAACGACCACCUGGCGACUGCGACCAGCGACCGGCCUAAUUCAUUCCCAAGGGUCAUAUUUGCCCCCCAAUAAUGACCAAGCUGGACCGUUCCAGCAUGAAAAUAUCUGAAAUCCGCCCAAUUUUCACGACUGUCGCUUUAUAGCAAACAUAAUAAUUACUGCUUGAAUGAAAAUUUGCAAGUUUGCACUGGCCAAAUUAAUACAUAUAACAUAAAGAAAGCAAGAACCUGUAAAAAUACUUUUUAUCAGCAUGAUAAUGGCUAACUGAGAAGUGACCCUUCCCCAUGAAUAAAGACCACCUGUGAACAAAGACCACUUUUGCUUGUUCCGAAGAGUGGUCUUUGGUCACAGGUUUGACUGUACUUCCCUUUGUUUUACUAGAAAUAGCUUAUAUUGUAGCUUUCUUUUAUUUCUGGCCAUAGGGAAAAAUCAAGAACACUGUUUUGUGGUACAACAUGCAUAUUACAUCCAAUUUAUAGGUGUAUUUUGACCUAUCUCUACCUGGUAAAGAGUUUUGUGUGGACUUAUAUUAUAUAGAAUUUUGUUUAGGAUCAACUUCUCUUUGUUGUUACUAUAAAUAACUUAUUAUACCUUUUUUAAAAUUAGCAAAAAAAUUACAUAUAAUAUACAUAUUUCCGUUUUAAACUAGAUUCUCAGUCAGUACAUAAAGUUUAAAGAAAUUCUUUAAUAAUAUUACAUAAAUGUUUCUUUUGGUGACCCUUUACGAAGAUAAUUGUAGACAUUAUUAUUCUGUUUCAUCAAAAAGCAUUGCCACCAGGGUGUGUGGUCACUUUACCCAGUAUUUAUAUAGUGGAAACUUAAAAAAAAAUAUCUUCAUGUUUGAUAAUGUCAUAUCACAUCAUUUCCCCAAUGUCUUAUUCCACCUCACGCCCCCCCCCACCCCUCCACUCCAAAAAAAAAAAUCCACACAUACACAGUAUCUGCCUGUAUUUAUUUAGUAGAAACAUUUAACUUUUAACUGUUCAAGGAAACACUAAACUCAGGUCUUGUUUAACCCUUAGCCUGCUGCAGGCGAAUUUAACAGCCUUUGCAAACAGCUUGGAACCAGAUCAGACGCCGAUUAAAUCGGCAUCUGAUCAGGUUCCAAGCUGUUUGCUAACUCUGACAAUAUUUCUUCCAAUUUUGGAGCAAAUUGAAUGAACUUUACAAUUUUAGCAGACGACAUUUCCAGCAGACGACAAUUUAUCUAGCAUGCUAAAGGUUAAAAUGUACACAGUUCAUAUCUGAAUUCUUAAUAGCCCGUUAUGAAGGAUGUGCUUUUACAAAUUUUCAAGAUUCUCAUGCCAUGAUUUUAACAGUUGUGUCUGAGAUGUAGCAGUAAAGUAAACUGCAGCAAAUAGAAAAAAUAAUAAAUAAAUAAAAAACA